GACUCAAGUGAUUCACUGGUGACAGAACACAGAACAGGCUCAGUCAGGUGAGCAAUUCAUUCAAGUGCUUCUUCAAAAGAUGCGUGCCGUGCGAACGUGAUGGUCCUGGUGCCAGAGGGGCAUCGUCAGAGAAUAACCUUAAUCACAGAGUAUCGUUAAGCUGAGAGCUGAGGUGUACUGAGCAUCAUGGGUGGAGCGGUUGUUGACAGUGGUAACAGCGGGGUCAAGGCACCUGAUGGAGGAUGGGGUUGGGCUGUCCUCUUCGGCUGCUUCGUCAUUACUGGUUUCUCCUACGCAUUUCCCAAAGCGGUCAGCGUCUUCUUCAAAGAGCUUAUCCGGGAGUUUGGCGUGGGGUACAGUGACUGCGCUUGGAUCUCCUCCAUUCUUCUUGCAAUGCUUUAUGGCUCAGGGCCUCUAUGCAGCAUCCUAGUGAACCGUUUUGGAUGUCGCCCUGUGAUGAUGGUCGGGGGCCUUUUUGCCUCGCUGGGGAUGAUCAUGGCAUCCUUUGCAACCAGCAUCCUUCACAUCUAUCUCUGCAUAGGAGUCAUAACAGGUUUGGGUCUUUCUCUGAACUUUCAGCCAUCCCUCAUCAUGCUGAACAGAUAUUUCAGUGAGAAAAGGCCCUUGGCCAACGGCCUGGCUGCAGCUGGAAGUCCCGUGGCUCUGUGCUGUUUAUCUCCUCUUGGUCAGAUUCUUCAAUACAAUUAUGGUUGGCGUGGAGGCUUCCUCAUACUGGGAGGGAUUCUACUGAACUGCUGUGCAUGUGGAGCCCUCAUGAGGCCCUUGAAAGCACCAAAAAAACCAAGCGAGGUGGACGAAAAGGAAACGAAACCCAAACCAAAGGCCAAGCUUCUUGACUUCACAGUCUUUAAAGAUUGCGGUUUUGUGAUUUACACUGUGGCCGCGGCCAUUAUGGUGCUUGGUCUUUUUGUGCCUCCUGUGUUUGUGGUAAGCUAUGCCAAGGAACUGGGCAAUGAGGACACCAAGUCUGCCUUGUUGCUCACCAUACUGGGGUUUAUUGACAUCUUCGCCAGGCCCACGUGCGGCAUCAUUGCUGGGCUCAAGUGGGUGAGGCCACGAUGCGUUUACCUCUUCAGUUUUGCCAUGAUCUUCAAUGGAGUCACUGAUCUUGUCGGGUCCAUGGCCAAAGACUAUGCAUCUCUCGUGGUGUUCUGCAUUUUCUUCGGUAUCUCUUAUGGCAUGGUUGGAGCCUUACAGUUUGAAGUGUUGAUGGCCAUUGUGGGAACAGAGAAGUUCUCCAGUGCCAUUGGCUUGGUGCUGUUGGUCGAAGCCAUUGCGGUGUUGGUGGGACCGCCUGGAGCAGGUCGCCUUCUGGACGCCACAAAGAACUACAUGUAUGUCUUCCUGCUGGCUGGGUGUGAAGUGGUCCUCUCUGCCCUUGUGCUCGCCAUCUGUAACUUGCUCUUCAUCAAAAUGAAGCCCCAAGAGCCUGACCCUCCAGCCAAGAUGGAGAUGGCCAUUACCGAGACCGAGAUGGAAGAGCUCAACAAAUCACCAAAGGACGACCAAGACAAUGGAGGUGGUGCUAGUGAGAAUGGGAAGAAGAAAGCUGCCGAACCGGAAGCAACGACAAAAUCUGAUGAUAAAAAGGUUAAAGAGUUGGACUCGAUAGAGUUGGAGAACGCUUCCAAAACGGUGGCUGAACCAAACGGUGUGGCAGUAGAACCUGAAUCCUCUCUGUGAAGAUACUAGAACAAUAGAUAUGACGGAGCUUCCCCAGUAGGACUCAUGGACGUGUGUUUGAUGUUGUGGUGUAUGCUCUUUGUAUGCGCUUCGAGUGUGGUUGCGAGGACCGCUUUCAGACCUUGCUCUGCAGUUCAGAUAUAGCACUUGUAUCUGGAUUUUUGGCCAAACACUGCCUUGCAUGCUAACAGAUGUCAGGAUAUGUUUUCAAAAGGUUCUUCCAAAAA